CCCCCUCCCUACAACCCCCAGCCUGGAGCCACCAUGACCAGCGUCAGAGAACAUGAGAAGCUGCUCUUCGAGAAGUUCUGGCAAGGGACCUUCAAAGCUGUCGCCAUGCCACGACCAGAGAGUGUCAUUGUGGCCAGCAUCACCGCCGGAAGGACCUUGACCAAAUCUGACACGUCUGUCUCCGUACCUCCCAAAGUCAGCGAGAGGAGCGGGGAGUCCGGGGGGACGACAGCAGUUGCCAAACAGCACAACAGACGUGCCAAAAAGAGGGGUCAUAAGCACCGCAGCCAUCACCACAGCCAUCACCACAGCCAUCACCGCGCUCGCAGUGUAUCUUUCGAUGGUGACCUUUCCCCCCGGCCUAAGAGGAAGAAGAAGAAGAAGAAGUCAGAGCGCAAGAGGAGGCGGGAGAGGGCUCCGUCAUGUAGCCCCUCACCAGUGAGGAGGAAGAAGAAGAAGAAGAAGAAGAGCUCCAAAAAGAGAAAACAGCACAGGACUGCAUCGAAAAAAAGAAAGCAUAGCUCUUCAACCCUCAAACGUAAGAGGAGGGAAGAGAGGAAGCACAAAAAAAGGUCACGGAGCCACACACACCGGAGACGACGCCACACGAGGUCAGGAGCCCAGGGGUCCGCCUGGAAUACAUCCAAUACUGACAGCAGGCAACAUCUCCACGCAUCAGAUCCAUUCCAGCCAAAUCCAGUAGGCCUGGGGGAUGCCCGCCAUCUGGACGCUGACCAAAGAGCUUUAGACUGGGGGACAGCAGUCAAGUUAGCCAGUAAAACGCCCCCACAUUUCAGCUGCAGUGCCCCGGACAGCACCAUUUCACAGUCAAAGCCUGGAGGUGAGGUUGUACACAAACGGAGCAUCCUUGCUGAUACGCUGUCCAAUCAGAACAAAGGACCGCAGGAUUACGACUCGGGCAAUGACACAUCCUCGCCACCGUCGUCUAAAACGGGCGUCUCGAUGUCAAACGUCAGCAGGGUCAAGUCCACCCUGGGGCGUGUAGACGGGGACACUGCGUCCGACUCGGGCAACUCGGUGACCAGCUAUGUCUCGCUGUGCAAGCCAGUCGAGAGCACGUCCACCUCCUCCCUCAGACCCGGGGGGAGCUCUGCUGUGUGUAAGACUCCUCGGAGAGAGCGACGCAGGACCAGGGCCUUGAGUAGCAGCAGGUCCCGGUCCUCGACCAGCUCCCGUUAUUCAGAUUCCUCCUACUCCCGAAGUCCGUCCAGAUCGCCGGGGAGGAGGUCAUACUCCCGGUCUUCGGCUUACUCACUGGACUCCAGGGACGGGAGUGUGUGCAGUGAUAAACUCUCCAAACACUCCCCCAGCAGGGUUCGAGAGUGGAGCAAGGAUCACAGUCCUAGUGAGAAGCAGUCGAAGCAUGGCAAGAAAAGGCGUAGGAGGAAAUCCUACUCCCCCAUGCGAAAGAGGAGGAGAGAUUCACCCAGUCACCUUGAAGCUCGAAGAAUCACCAGUGCCCGGAAGAGGCCCAUUCCCUACUUCCGGCCCAGCCCCUCGUCUUGCAGUCGGGCCAGCAGCAUAUCCUCCUUGGGCAGCCUCUUUGGCAUCAUCCGCAGUGCCAGCAGGAGCCACAGUCGCAGUCGCAGUCGCAGUCGCAGCUGGAGUGGGAGCCGGAGUCGGAGCAGGAGCAGGAGCCGAAGUCACAGUGGCAGCUAUUCUAGUUACCGUAGCUACAGCCGCAGCUCUUCAUGGGACUCCACGUGUGGAGGUAGAAGCCGGAGCAGAACUCGGAGUCGGACCCGCAGCCGAAGCAGGAGCUACGACUCAUUAGGAAGCUACAGCAGAGGUCGUCGUUAGAACCCACGGCAGGGCAGGGCUUCAACGCUAGAACCCAUGGCAGGGGGAAGUCACUAAAAAACCCCUGCAGGUGUCCUCACUAGAACCCCGGCAGAACCUAUGGAACGUUGUUAGAAUGCUGGCGGCACUAUUACAAAGCAGACAAUUUUAGACAAUGUUUUAAGAGUUAUAUUAGGUAGAUUUUUUCAUGGUGUUGCCUACUGUCUUAUUUAUAAUUAAUUUAUUUGAUUGGUUGGUUUAUUUAUUUGCUUUUUUUAUUUAUUGACUGUGUUUUCCUGGCCAAAGGCGCAGUUGAUCAUGUAUGAAGAGAGGUUCAGAAAGACAGACAGUGAUGUUUUGCCAGAUUAAUUUCAUUCGCUGCUUCUUCUCUUUGGCAGACAUUUUUGGGAGGACGCUUCUGAGUUGCAAUUUUAUGCGUAUUGUGAAUUUUUUGUUAUGUUUAGUAUAUUUUUCUAUAACCUUCAUUUUCAGGGAUAGUGUCAGAGGCACUUGAGAAAAACCUGGGGGGGGCAAAAAAAACACUGGCAUGGUAAUGGCUCCAAUUUUAGCUUCUGACACCCAAAUCACAUAGAUGCCAGCUUUGAAAAAUGAUCAGUCUGCUGACUGUGCUGGUAAACACACACACACACACACACAUAAAUGCACAGAUCAAAUGUCAGACAUAUUUAUCUCCCAUGCAAGAGCACAACAAUUCAAAUGUCAUCUGAUAUGAUAAUAGCUGAUAGCCCACAAUGAACGGGUUAAAAAGAAAAAAGAAAGCAGGAAAAACAAAAACAUGUGAGCAUCACACUGAUGGAAUCGCAGUGGGAUCCAUCCCAUCUGUGCAUGACACAAUAGAUUGAUUAGGAUGCAUACUGAUGCGUGCUCCCAUGGAGAUGAAAACCCGGUGGGCUUUGCCAGAUAGCACCUGGUUCUGGAAACGAUCCAGCUAGACAUGGGCCAAAUCUGGGCCAGAAAAGAGACAGAAUUAGCGGGUUCCUGAUACGGUUCUGUGUGAGCUGGCAAUUCAGAGAGCUGUUUUAGCGCCUGUUCAUUAACAAAUUAAAUACUUCAUGUUGUCAUUAUAUAUAAACGUUCAUUAUUUACAUAUGACCAUAGAUAUGUACUCUGGGUCAUCUGCUUUGGCUUGACAAUGAUGAUAAGGCCCUGUGUUAGAUCAGUGGUUAUGGAGACCACAGAGACAGAAUUUUAAUCUGUGAAUAAUUUUUUGGACCAAUAUAUUUUGCUCUCCCGUCUACCAUAGUAGCAUAGUGAUGUACUCUUCAGUGAACCUGCACUAAUCUGGCCCUGAUCAGGUCAGAGGUCACACCCUGGGUUCUAACUUCCCAGAGUUCACCCUGGGAUCUAACCUCUAUUGAUGGGCAAUGAGCAACGGGCAAUGAGCAAAAGUGGACCAAAGCUAAUUUGAUAACGAAAUGGUGGAAUGAUUUAAUAAUAUUUAAUAUAAUCUCAUUUAAUACAAUGAGCAAGAUCCUAAAUGCAGACAUCUGUAGAUCAGAGAUUCUCCACACAAUAGCUUUAGUUCAUGCACGACAAACUUUGCUUGUUUGGUUGUCACUCUGCUUGUUGCCUGUCAAUGAAAAUAGCCUCCCUGUCUGCUAAGGUGUUCCAAAUGUCCAUGUUGUGAACUCCCAGCAAAAAGUCUCCCACACUGACAGACUAAUAAGCACUGAGUUGCAAUCAUGUCCAAUGCACAGAAAGUAGGAGAGUAUGAAUGUGGAUUUUCACACCAGUUGGCAGAUAUAAUUAUGCUUUGUGGCUGACAAGACCCAGCGCCACUGCAAGGGAAUAUACCAUGGCACUUGGGUGACAGCUCAAUAUACAAAUGACAAAAGCACUUUACAAGUUGCGUGAGCCAUUUUCUGAGAGCCUCCUCUCUAGAUUUGUGCAGGCUCUUUAUUCAGAUACAUAAACCAGGACAUCAAGUUAGGAGUAUUUUAUAUUAUUUAUUGAUUCAUUAUUAUUGAUUAUUGAUUGAUUAUUUAUUCAGCCUGCAAUUGAUCCACUAUUGCUUUUUUAUUUUCAUAUCAAUGUCAUUUUUUUUUUUACUUGUCACAUUCAUUUUAUUUUUCCAUUUUAUUUUUACUGUUUAUAAACUGUACAGUUUCAGGGCAAAAGAUAAAUGUAAUUUACAUAUCACAUGCUAUUGUUUCAUCUCAUGUAUGCAGCCAUUUCCUUGUCUUAUGUAGUUCAUCCAACAUAACUCUUGUUUUUAUAGCUGAUUUCACAUGUUAAUUAAAGACAUUCACUGUUGGUCAUUUUUGUUUUAUUAUGCAGAAAUUCAUCAUGAUUCAGCCAUUUAAUAUUUAUGAACUGACAUUUGGGCAAAAAUGGUCAGUGGCAAUGUUUUUUUCUUAAACAUUAUAUGUAAUUACAUGCAAUUAUGUGCAAAACCGUAAAGUAACACCUCUGUUAAAUGGAAUUAAUUUCUACAUACCAAAUGUAAUGUCCGGGAUCCAGCUUUUAUAUUUUUCUAUGUACGUUACCUUUCAAAACCAAUAAUUAACUGUCAUCAGACCACAAUAAAAAUGACACAAAAUUAAGAUAGGGCAUGACUCAUGUGGCUACCAAACCAGAUAGCAGCAUGUGGUCUGAAUCUGGCAUGGAUCCGAUAAUCUGGACAGCAACUGGCAAGUCAUAGUCAACAGAACAUCUUUAAAAAUGGAUAAAAACAAAUUAUAAUGCUUUGGUUGUUCCCUGAAGAUGGAUGAUGGUUUGUGGUCGACUUAUUGGGUCCAUUAAAUAAUACAACAGCCCACAGUAUGCAGAUCAACAUAGUGUUCUUUGUGUACUGCAUAAUGUUCAUUUCUAGACAAAGUGAUUGAGGACAACAAGAGAGACAAGAAGAAUAGACAGAAAAAUAACUAUUUUACUUUUCUAUGGAAUUCCAAAGCCACCUUUCCACUCUGAUAGCACUGUUUUCCCUUCUCAAACAGUUACAGGAAUGAAAGUGUGUCAAAGUUGAUGUUAUCUGAGAAUAUGUAUAUAGAGUGGGUAUAUAUAUAUAUGGAGGUGCUGUUUUAUUGAUUGUGUGUGAGGCAUUUAUGACAUAGAAUUUAUAACCACAAGGAUCCUGUUUCACAUGGUUUAUAUUGAUUUUGCUUUGUAAAAUAUGAGAGAACCAUAUAUCAAAACAGACAAAAAAUAUGUAAGUGUUUGAUUUCCCAAAUAUGAAGAAUGCAGAUAUCAGCCUCCAAGAAAAACAAAGGGGCAGAGUGCAAGACCUACAACAGAUUCCAACAGUUUACAGCUUUGUGUAUGAAAACAACACAAAUACAUUGCUCCUGGCCUGUGUGACAGUUUGACUGGAUUUAGUUUAGGGACAGAAAUUCCCUGUUACAGUCAAUAAAAUGUAAUGCUCUGUAAUGUAAUUGAUGUAUUAGAUAAAUUUCACAAGAUUAAAAAUGAUCAAUACGUACUUCAACGAAA